AUGAGCGUCCCCUUCGCCUACCCGUCGUCCUUCGACGGGUCCAUCCACCCUCACUCCGCCACCUCCUGGACGAUGGCCGCCCAGCAGCAGCAGCAGCAACCGCAAGGCUACUACUACGGCACCAGUGUUGGCGCAGGCUACGUCCACCCGAGUCUCGCGCCUCACCACCAUCUCCAGCACCACCCGGCCAUGUUGUCGCAAGUCGCCCAGCAGCAACAGCACCACCAGCACGCGUACGCCGCCGCUCGCUACGCCACUGCAGGCUACGCCGUCCCCGCCCCGCAGCAGCAGCAGCAGCAGCAGGCGUACUACGUCCCGCAGGCUCAGCAGGCGACCCGCAGCCGCUUUGCGUUCGCAACCCCGACGCACGCCCCGUCGCAGCACUUUACCCUCCCGCCUCCGGUCCAGUACGAGGCGGCCCAGGCCCAGCGCGCGACGGCACCGCAGCAGCAGCAGCAGCUCGAGAGUGAGCAGCACCUCGGGUACCUCCUUGACAGGCUCGCCCAGAGCGCUGACAACCGCGCGAUCACCCGCGCAGACGAGUACGAGCACAACCGCAACGUCGAUGUCGUCAUGGACGAGCAGCCCGCCCAGCCGGUCACCUACGACUUGAUCUCGAACACGUCGAUCGUCCCGCCUCCGCCUCCCGUCGAGCGCUCGGCCGUCCCUCUCGCCGACCUCGCGACCGAGAUGGUCUGGGAAGCCGUCCGUCAAGGCUACCUCUACGCCCUCGAGACGUCGGGAGCCGCCGUCGACGCCGGCGUCAUUGGCCAGGCCGCCCGCAACGCUCCCCGUCGCAGUGCCGGCGCCGAGCAGUUCGGCGUCAUUGGCGAGCACCGCCGUGCGCGCAGGGUCUCGGGCGAAGGCUCGAUGCCCGGCACGCCGUCUGGCUUCGAGACGCCCGCCGAGCUUGCGGCCCGCCAGCAGCGCCUCGCCGACCUCGGCUUUGGUGCUGCCGCGCCGCGCCCCUCGCGCGCAGCGGUGCAGGCUUUCCCUGCCGAGCCGUCUGCGCCGUUCCGCCAAUUCGUCAAGCAGAUCCUCGCGGCGACGCUCGUCACGCCCGAAGACAUUGUCCUCGCGCUCUACCUCGUCUCGCAGAUCCCCGUCGGCAAGAUCAUCCCGCCGACGCCUGCCGAGCCGGGCCAGGACGCGCAGACGACCUCAUUCAAGGCCGCGCCGUUCAAGAUCGUCCUCGGCACGCUCAUGCUCGCCAACAAGGUCCUCCAGGACAACUCGUACCGCGCCGGCUCGUGGGCCGCCGCCUCGGCCAUCCCGAUCGCCGACGUCAACGCCCUCGAGGCUCACAUCCUCGCCGCCCUCGGCUUUGACGUCUCGAUCCGCGAGGACAAGUGGCUCGCCUGGCUCGCCGUCGUCGUCGACCGCUUCCGCUUCGGCAAGGGCGACCUCGGUGACCGGCUCGUCGUCCAGGACGCGCUCGAACGCCUCGUCCGCGCCGCCCAGCUCGAGAACGCCAAGUCCAUGCCCGUCUCGAUGCCGCCCUCGCCCGCGCUCACCGCCAGCGGAUCGUCGACCUCGUCGCUCUCGUCCCUCGCGACCGUCGCCUCGGCCGAGCUCGCGAUGCCCCAGACGCCCGUCAACUCUGGCGCGUCGUGCCUCGUCGACGUCAACCUCGACGCGAGCGGCCCGCUCGAGUCGCCGCUCCACUUUGACGCCCACCGCCACCGCCAAGACGGUCGUCGUCGCGCCGCCUUCACGCGCGCCGUCUCGAGCCUCGCUUCGUCCGUCGCUGCCCCUCCCGCGCCGGACUCGCCGUCGCUCUUGACGCACGCAGCGCAGCAACACCGCGCGCGCGCCUGUCGCGGCACGGCAGAGUUGAGCGGCUACUCGCUCUUCCCGCCUGUUGAUCUCGCGGCGGCCAGGUCGAGGUCGUUCGGGCAGGAGACUUGGCAGCGUGCCAUUUGCUGA